AAAAAUAUUUGAUUGGGUUUGUAAGGGAGAAGUGAGAAUACAGUAGCAUUACCCAUCCGAAAAUAUCGCCUGACCAAACCAAAGCUAAGCUAUUACUCUUCCCGCCGGUGUUUGUUAUCACGUCCUUCUCCGGCCACAAAAUCCCUCUUUUUCUCUCUCUAAAACUCCACAAAUUAGAGAGAGAAAAAAAUGGGAUAACCUUUUAUCUCUCUUCAAUCCCCACUAAAAACCCUAAGUUUCUCUCUCUUCAUUUGUCCGAGCAAUCGAAGCCCUAAAGAGUGAGAGGGAGAGAUAUGUACAAAGAAAGAAGAGUUAGCGGUGGAUCGAAGACGGAGAUGAUGGGACGUGUAGGUGAUAGGAAGAGAUUAAAUGAAGCUUUGGAUAAGCACUUGGAGCGCUCUUCUCCUUCUACCUCUACUACUACUCUUAGGGAUACUACUAAUGGCGGAAAGGAUCAUCGCUUUCAUUUGUCCAAAUCAAAGGACCAUCUCAGAAACUCCGCUCCUACUCCUGAUAAUAAUAAUAAUAAGUGCUCUGAUGUAGAAUCAGAAACAGACAGUGAGGCGUCAGAUAUUAGUGGUUCUGAUGGAGAAGACACUUCAUGGAUCUCAUGGUACUGCAGUCUACGUGGGAAUGAGUUCUUCUGUGAAGUUGAUGAUGACUACAUCCAAGAUGACUUUAACCUAUGCGGUCUAAGCAGCCUCGUACCAUAUUAUGAUUAUGCACUUGAUCUGAUUCUAGAUGUCGAAUCUUCUCAUGGUGAUAUGUUUACAGAAGAACAGAAUGAACUAGUUGAAUCAGCAGCGGAGAUGCUUUAUGGUCUAAUACAUGCCCGCUACAUAUUGACAACGAAGGGACUCGCUGCUAUGUCAGAGAAGUACAAGAAUGCUGAGUUUGGGAGAUGUCCAAGAGUUUACUGCUGUGGACAACCAUGCCUCCCUGUUGGUCAGUCGGACAUUCCUCGACAAAGCAGGGUGAAUAUAUACUGUCCUCGAUGUGAAGAUGUGUAUACUCCUCGGUCAAGAUAUCAUGAGAACAUUGAUGGAGCUUACUUCGGAACCACAUUUCCGCACCUAUUCUUGAUGACUUAUGGACACCUCAAGCCACAGAAGAUUUCUCAGAGCUAUGUUCCCAGAGUGUUUGGUUUCAAGGUCCACAAGCCGUGAUCCUGGUAGUGACCUACUGGCAAUGUUUUUCCUUAUUAAUGUGCUAGGAGAGGUAAUACUUAUAAUAGCACAUCUAGAAUUGUAAGGUUCUGUUAUAGGUUUUAUUCUCAUACAGGCUUUUGAAGAUGCUGUGUGAUAACAAAUUAACUUGAGCUACUUCUAUGUAUGAAGAUACUUUCCAUGCUA